UCUUCGGUGUAUUGUAUUGGUGCCACGGUUCAUUGUGAAGUUGCCAGUGACCUUCGGCAGUGACACCAUGCGUACUUUAACCUCGGACACAACUCCGCCUUUGCCUUGUGAGUUCGUUGUGUGUACUGAACGUUGAUCAUUGGUACAGAAUUGGAUACCCAUCAAGCUAACUUUGUCAUUCGAAUCCGGGGAAUUGGCACCAUAUAACAAGCAGUAAUCUGUUUGUAGUUGCAAAUUUCAGUUAGCUGUCUGGUAAAAGAUAACAGCAGAUAGGCCUAUUGCUACAGCAGAUAAAUGUUUGCAAUAUGGAACCGAAUCCACGACUGACAAAAAUUACAAAGGACGACUGUGCUCGUUGGUACCGUGUGUGUACAGACAACGGCUUUGAAGGAACCAUUCCUUACGUUUGGUUGAGGGAUAAUUGCCGCUGUUCAGAAUGCUUCUAUCCCUCCGCCUCGCAGCGAUUGAUGAAGAUGACUGACUUGGAUCCCGAUGUGAUACCGUCAUCCGAGACAAUCGUGGACGAUGGUCGAGUCUUGCGGGUCAUCUGGCCCGACCAGCACCGCAGCGACUUCCAGGCAGCCUGGCUCAGUCGCCGGCAUUUCUCGGACAGGCCGAGGGACGUGGUGACGGAUCCGGAACUGCAGUCGUGGGGAGCCGAGCUGAACGGCAACAUCCCGACCUUCGACUUCCAGAAACUCUUGGAAGACGGCGCUGAGUUGUACAACUGGCUGGAUGUCUUGAACACCAAGGGCUUGGGCUUGGUGAAAGGGGCACCGACUAAGAAGGGAACUCUCCGCCAACUGGCUGAGAGGGUUGCUUAUUUCAAGAAAACGCUGUGGGGUGAGGAGUUUCAAGUUGUAAGUCAACCAAACGCUAGCGACCUGGCCUACACGGGGAAGACUUUGGGAUUCCACGUCGACCAGCCAUACCUGAGUUACUAUCCAGGUAUUCAGAUGCUUCAUUGCCUUCGAAGGACGGUGGAUGUUGAAGGCGGUGAGAAUCAGUUUGUGGACGGACUACACGUGGCCCAACAAAUCCAGAGAGAGUUCCCUGAGGCCUACAAAACCCUGACUACACAAGACGUAGACGUUGCGUGCGCCACUUUCGAAGAUCAUCGUCAACUGCGCCUGAAACGCAGAUCACCGACCAUAAAUUUUGAUAAAAAUGGCCGGUUCCGAAGCAUUAACUAUCACGACGGCUCGAGGGCGCCCUACCAAACCCAAGUUGCAGUGGAACAGGUUACCGGCCUUUACAGAGCCUUGAAGCUGUUCAGUAAUGUGAUGUAUCGGCCGGAAAAUGUGGUGCGCCAUCAGCUGGCUGAAGGGGAGAUAGCUACUUUCAAUAACACCCGCGUCCUUCACGCCCGCAGCGCCUUCACUAUUACUGGCGAUGGAGGACGCCAUCUUGAAGGCGGUUACAUGGACUGGGACGAGGCUCGAUCGCGCAUGCGCGGUCUUCGGGAGAACCUCUUCGGAGAUGUGUCUCUGUGACACGUUCACAUUUUUUUCAUAGAGCUAUAUAGGCCUAUAAAAGGUAUUUAAUGUAACUCUAUGCAUGUUUCCAUACCACUUUGGAUGUACGAUUCUUGUUGCACUUUUAGGAUUAAAGUGGUCCGUGGUCAGUUGGGGGAGUUACUUCCCCCCCCCCCCCCCCAAAAAAAAAAUCAAAUUGAGUUUAUCUUCCUGGCAUAGAGAAUGGCCUGACAAUAUCAUUUUCAAAGUUUAAUUGACUGUUGAAAUGUCGUAAAAUAUGAGCGUUCCUGCUUUUGUUUUCAACAGUAUUAAGUAUGACAGUCAUAUUGUAUUUCAUUGCGAAAAUAAUGUUUUUAAGAAGAAAUGGAAUGUAUAUGCUAGGUGUCGUAAGUUCCUUUUUGGUAGGUUCGAGAUCUUUUUUUUCUAAACAUGCGUUAUCCAGACAGAAUGAAUUAA